CACGCCAGCCGCAUCGAAUAAAAACUGACCCAUCAUAAAUGUAUACGCCAAUGAUUGGCUGUACUCGGACACCUGCAGCACAGCCGCGAGACACUCUACAAACGGCGACCAACCCUACCUACUUCUACUUCUCACGCACCCCACCACCACAACUAAGAUACUCUGUAAACUUCAAGCACCAGACAACGCGAUCAGAAUAACUAUCUUAUUACUAGAUACCCCCUCCAUAUGUCCAAGCCAACCCCAAUGGACGACGCGUGGACGACAAGAUCCCAAAGCGACACAAGCUCGCUCAGCGGCACAACCAGCGUCUACACGCCCACCCACACAACAGCACCCCCAAACCUUGCCGCCCUCCCCGCACCCUUCUCCACAGAUGGGGGUAUCGGGUCCGCGCCCGAAGCAGGCGGGACAUACAUGAUCCGGCACGUAGACACGGGCCGAGCAAUCACCCUUUGCAGCGGAGAACUACUCGUACGAGCCGACGCCGGCACGGACGGGGGCUGGCGAUGGCACUGCAGCGAGAGCGAGGACGGUUGGUUGUCUUUCCGGGAAACGGUGUCGGGGGCCUAUCUAGGACGAGACGGCCGUGGCGGAUUUUGGGCGAAGGUGCUGGUUCCGAAGGGUUGGGAGCGCUUGCUUAUCCGGCCGCGGGAGGAUGGAGGGUGUAAUAUCUUUGCGAUUGAUUGGUGGACGUUAAUGGCGUUGACCACGAACGACACGGAUGGCAAGUUAUUCGAAACUAAUACGGUGACGAAGGCUUCGCGGUGGGAGUUUGUGCGGGUGUGAAUUACGUGGCUGAUAUCUAUUAUCCCCCUUCAGCUUUACUAGUAGAUCGUACCACUUAAUCUUUACAUCUUUGGUACCUUUCAAGCCAAGCUGUUUUCAGAUUGGGAAAUAGAUAGAAGAUAGGUAGAGAAAGU